AUGGCUUCCUCUCCUUCGCGCUCCCGUAACCUGAGCCUGGCCAAAGAAUCUUUGACUGGCAGCUCCUACCUCGACGACCAUCUCGAGUACAAGUCCCAUCAGUCGGGCCCCUCGACAAGCAUCGAUGGCGUCAUGGACCAACCUACUCGGCGGCCUCGACAUACCAUGUCGAACGCCUCGCUGACCUCGAGAAGAUCUAUCAGUGCAAUUUCUCCAUCGCCAAUGGUCGCUCAAGAGAGUUCAACUGUUUACACAAUUUCUCACACUAACUGCGUCCGAGAGCCUGGCGGCCCUGCCAGACUGGUCGCGACAAUAUACUACAACUCAGCCUCCCCACGACAUCCGCAUAUCCAUCCAGACCAGUCUCCUCCUGGUCGGGCAAUAGAUCGAAUCCCUGUGCCUGAAAUCGUAGAGGGUUCGGCGCCGACAACAAGCAUUGCCGAAUAUCCUCUUGAGCCGCCUGCUCCAGAACCCGAGCCACUAGACCAUCUCUACGGGGCCUACAUUUCUCAAUUAUGCCUGACGCACUUCCUAUCCACCCUUGACAGUCUUCUCAUCCACAACAGAUCCGAGGAGCGUCGCCUCACAUCCUCUCACCGAUGCCUUGCGCCUGACCCAGUCAAGCCUAGAGUCAUGGAAGUGACCUUCUCGCCUGCUCCAAAUUCCGAAUACCUCCCCUUCCCACUCAUAUCAAAACAUGAAUCCAUCUACAAGUUUGAGCGAGAAUGGAACUGCGAAAUAGUGCUGCAGCCCUCGACAGUGUACCGUCGUCACAAACGACUUUGUGUGUUUGACAUGGAUUCCACUCUGAUCCAGCAAGAGGUGAUCGAUGAAAUCGCCGCCUUCAUUGGCGUGAAAGAGGCUGUUGCUGCCAUCACCGAGCGUGCAAUGAACGGCGAGCUCGAUUUUGCCUCUUCGCUCAAGGCAAGGGUUGCUUUACUUAAAGGAGUUCCUAGCCAUGUGUUUGAACAUCUCAAACCGAAGCUUGUCAUCACACCCGGUGCGAAAGAGUUAUGCAAAUGCCUGAAACGACUCGGCUUCACGCUAGCCGUCCUGAGCGGCGGGUUUCAACCGCUUGCCGACUGGCUGGCAGGUCAACUCGGGCUCGACCAUGCAUUUGCCAACCAUCUCAUCGUAGACCCAAAGACCGAAACCUUGACUGGCGAACUUGACCCGUCAUGUCCGAUUGUCGAUGCGCAGCAUAAACGGAAUCUGCUGAUCAGUCUGGCAUCAGGGAAGGAUAUUCCUUUGGCCCAGACCAUGGCCGUUGGAGACGGGGCUAACGACAUCCCUAUGCUCCAAACUGCCGGUUUGGGUGUCGCCUGGAAAGCAAAGUCCAAAGUGCAGAUGGAAGCUCCUGCCAGAUUGAACAUUGGGGAGAGCAUGCUCGACUUGAUUUAUUUGCUGGGCGUGACCAAGGAAGAGGUCGAUGAGCUCUUGAGGGAUUGA